AUGCGUUUGGCCCAGCUGUACCAAGACCGUCAUGUGCUGGCCACCUGUGCAGCUCCAAGGGCUGCGGCAUGUCCGCUUCUGAUCAGUUGCAGCAAUGGAAGGGCAGCGCCAUUGGCCGACCAACGCAGUGAUCAACCCGAAGUUCUUUUAACGCCAAGGAUAGCCUCACAAGGCGUGGAGAAGCGAUCGCCGAUCGACUUUGAAUGUUGGCGUCUGGUAAACUUGCGUGCGCAGCAGGAGAACAAGCUGCGCACCGACAGCGGGAUCGAGGAAGCAGACGCAUUCAUAGCGUUAACGGGAGUUCAGGCGAAGUUGUGA